CCAACGUGAAUGUUUUGAUUCUGUCCUUGCAACGAACACUGCACAUUGAAUUAAAUCAACAAAUUCACUCAUCGAUAAGAUGAUAUACAGCCAAGACUACGCACGCUCCAUAGACGAUGUGCGCACGAUUGUGCAGCACGCCAAACUCGAUCACAAAAACCUCACCAACACCGCGCAAGCUAUUUACUAUCCCCGGAACGAGGAGGGCCACGAUAUCGGCAACAUAAAACUGCUCGAGGUGGACGAACACAUCCUGGAGGAGAUAAAGAAGGGCAGCGAAAUAUGCUUCAAGGGUGCGCUGAACGAGAAGGUCGUGCUGUGUACCGAGUCGCGCACGUACGAGAUGAAGGAAGCGGAAAUAUCGAACAGCUUGUUGCUGGUGAAGGGUCUUAAGCUCGCCCAAGCCACGAGCCGAUCGCCUAUCAAAAGUCCCAAGGGAGGUGUCAACACGUCGAUGGACAGCAGCAUAGAGGAGGAGCAGGAGGAUCCCGACAAGAUCGACACGAUCGACGAGGUGGAACGGAAGGAUGUGGUGAAAAUAUUUCACGACUAUUUCGAGCUACGUCAGGUGAAACCAAAGUACCGGAAAAUCAUCGAUCUGCUGCGACUGACGCGGUACGCCGGUCCGGAGAACGAGCAUUUGAUCGAUCGGUCGUUACUGUUUCGAUUCAAACAGCUGCUCGACACGGUACAGUGCAGUAAGGAUGAGUUUCACGAGGGACUAAAGAAGUAUCGAGCCAUCGAGGUUGAUGAUCGUGUGCGCAUGUUGGACAUAGAGUACGAAUAUCGUGUACUCACAUUGCUCCUGUCCGUGGUAUCGGAAAACUCCUGGGAACUUGACGCAAUCGACAAAGACGUCACGCUGGAGGCGAUGCAAGGCAUCAUACCGUUCGAGGUGGUUGACGGCAUGUUUAACGUGUACACUACCCCAAGCGAACGCAUGCCGGGCCGUUUCCAGUACCGCGAGGAUCUCGUGUGCGCCAUGUUUGCCGAAAAAAUCCUCCAGCACGGGUUGAAGUUUCAUAUCGAUGAGUUUCUGGUCACCUGGCAGGAAGCGUUGCCCGAGGGUUUCGAAGCCAACGAGCAGUAUCUGCGCGGCAUCGGUAUUAUCGAUCGCGAGGGCAGCGUACCGUGCGUCCGGGGGCUAAACGAGGCCGAUCUUCCGAUGAAUUUGCUUGGCCGGCUUGAUAUGCUGUUCCGGACGAAGGAGCGAUGGAACCUGGAACAGAUUGAACCGUACAUUGAGUGUUUUGCGACGCCAACGGUGGGCGUCACCUCGAUACUGGCCAAGUACACACGCUCGCUCGUCGUUAAGGGCGUUCGGAUGUACGUGUCGAAGCAUUAGGAAUGUAAAAGAUCGCGCUUACUUAUUUAUAUGAUGUUGUAAAUU